GAGCAACAGGAUAUGUUAUAUAAAGCGGCCCAAACAUAGCACUAAGAGUCUACAGACUAUUAACUUCUUAAAUUCUCUUAUUAAUGAUUCAUCCAAAAUUAAUAUCGCAGAUGACCAUCGAAGACCAUAUAUAAAAUAAAAAUUAUAUGCAACUAAAAAGACGUCAGAAAUUGAAUCAAACCACAAAAUUUGACAAGACAAAAAAAUUAGACAUCAAAAUAAAAAGCAGCCGCUAAUUAAGAAAAAAAAAAGCAAAUCUGCCAAACAGAAUCCUCUUGGAUUGUUUUACAACAGCUUACAUUAUAUACCAACUUAUCAGUCAAACCUGGCUUCUUUCCAUACUUGUAUUAGCAUCUUGGUUUAAUCAAUCUCCAUAUGCAAAGGUUUUAAAUAUUCAUCCCUCACUUUCAUUGUCAUUUUUAAGUCCAAACUUCACUUUCAUUAUUAUCACCAGAUCUAAUAUAGUUGACAUCACAUGAACCAAGAUCGAGCAGGUUCACCCCCUUCAGCGAACGGUAUGUCAUCAUCAUCGCCACCUUUGGUACCGAAUCAACAGCAUCUACAGCCUCAGGCGCGAAGAAAGCGUGGUCUCUCUUUAAGAAGUCAAUUGUUUAAUAAAUCAAUCGAUAAUCAAACUCAACAGCCGUUCCCUUCUUCAGAGCAAUCACCACCACCUCAAGGUAACACUUUGAAUACAACAAAUGGUAACAGUGGUUAUGAAUUAAAUGAUUUCUCCAAUAAAACUCUUGAUAAAAAUGCAUCUCAGUUAUUUACAGUGGACGAAUCAUUCCAAUCAACAUCAACUUCAAACUAUGAACCAUAUUCUGAUUAUAAUCGAUCGAAGUCCACCACAUAUCUCACAAAUGAUCCUAAUGAUACACAAAUAACAGAUAAUUCAUUGUCAUUCCAUGCCAGAAAAGAGCGGGCUUUACAAAGAAGAUAUCAUACCAAUAAUCAAUUCAUUCGAUGGUGUUUAUCAAUGAAAAACUUAAUCUUAUCAACAAAUGAUCUUCCACCUUCAGAAGGAGGUAGAGUCAUCCCCAUAUGUACGAAUCAUAAAGAAGUUAACGACCAUUACGGAGAAAAGUUAUACAACGAACAUGCAAUGGCAUUUAUAGAUGAAAGAAGUGGUGAACCAUAUGUAAAUAAUAGAAUCACUUCUUCAAAAUAUACCAUUUAUUCAUUCUUACCUAAACAAUUAAGAGCUCAAUUCUCAAAGUUGGCCAAUUGUUAUUUCAUGGUGGUUGCAAUUAUGCAAAUGAUACCUAAAUGGUCUACUACUGGUCAAUAUACAACCAUUAUUCCAUUACUGAUUUUCAUGUCAAUUUCAAUAGCAAGAGAAGGUUUUGAUGAUUGGAAAAGACAUGGUCAUGAUAAAGAAGAAAAUAACAAGAAAACAAUCGUCAUUAAAGAAGAUGAAGAGUUAAGUACUUAUGAUGCUCAUUCUAUUGCCACUAUUUUGACUGAGACUAUUCCAGUCAUAGUUACUGCUGAUACUAAUAAUGAAGAGAUUUUGGAAGGUAGUGGAAGCAGUAAUGGGAAACAUUCUGCUACUCACAUGUACAGUUCAUCAUCCGUUUCAUCUCUUACUGAUUUAGGUGGCUUAUCAAGUUCAGAUUACUUUACUAAUAAAGAGGCCAUGAAAAGAUAUAAUUUAAAGGAAUAUGUCACAAAAUGGAAACAUGUUAAAGUCGGUGAUAUCAUUAAAUUAAAUGAAAAUGACUGGUUUCCUGCUGAUGUGGUUUUAAUAGCCACUAGUGAUAGAGACCAUAAUGAAGCGUUCGUGGAAACUAUGGCAUUAGAUGGUGAAACAAACUUAAAACCAAAGAGGCCUCAUCCAGAAAUUGCCAAAUAUACUUCGAAAGUAACUGGUUUAAAAAAUUUUAAAACUUCCAUUACUGUUGAAGAUCCCAAUUUGGAUCUUUAUAAUUUCGAAGGGCUGUUUACUUUAGAUGAUCAACGUUACUCAUUAGGUUCAGACAAUGUUGUUUAUAGAGGUAGUAUUUUAAGAAAUACUAAAUCAGCAUUAGGAGUAGUUAUAUUCACCGGUGAAGAAACUAAAAUCAGAAUGAAUAAUAUUAAGCAUCCAAGAACUAAAGCUCCAAAAUUACAAAAGAAUAUCAAUUAUAUUGUCUUAUUCAUGGUAUUUGUGGUUAUGUGUCUUUCGGCAUUUUCAACCAUGGCUCAAAGAUUAUUAUAUCAUUCAACUAGAGAUCAAGCAUGGUAUCUAUAUGAUCAAGAUGCUGGUGUUGCUGCUACAUUAAUGGGUUUUAUCAUUAUGUAUAAUACUUUAAUCCCAUUAUCAUUAUAUGUUACUAUGGAAAUUAUCAAAGUUAUGCAACUUUUAUUCUUGCAAUAUGAUAUCGAUAUGUAUCAUGUUGAAAGUAAUACACCAGCCGAUGCUAAGACAGCUACUAUUUUAGAAGAAUUGGGUCAAGUCAGUUAUGUGUUCAGUGAUAAGACUGGUACUUUAACUGAUAAUUGUAUGGUGUUCCGGAAAUUUAGUGUAUGUGGGGUUAGUUGGUUACAUGAUCUUGAUUUAAUCUUGAAACAUGAACAGGAUCCUAAUUCUCAGCAUUUCACUGAGUUAGUUCAAGCUCCUAGACCAAGUAUGCAUUAUUCUACUAACAAUAACAAUAACAAUAACAAGAAGAAGGAUAGUGCUGAAAUCGUUGGUAGAAAUAGUACUACAUCUAUUGCAAGACAAAGUUUGGAGUUAAGAUCAAUCAUGUCAAAUUCUACUUGGAAAUCAACUGCUCAUCCUAAAAAGUUACAAACUGAUAGUAAAUCACUUCAACUUUUAAAAUAUAUUCAACUGCAUCCUGAUACACUUUUCACCAAGAAGGCCAAGUUCUUCUUACUCUCACUUGCAUUAUGUCAUACAUGUUUACCAAGAAAGACCAACAAUUCGUCCCUUUCCACUAAGAAUAAUUCAACAUACACCUUAGAUAAUAUUAAUGAAAAUCAAGAAUCAGUGGAUGAUAGUAUGAUUGAUUAUCAAGCUGCAUCCCCAGAUGAAUUAGCCUUAGUUCAAGCUGCCAGAGAUUUAGGAUAUAUCGUUUUCAGUAAAUCGAAUUCAAUCCUUACUAUAAAAUCUUAUCCUAAAGGAUUUCAAAAUGAACCAGUAUAUGAAAAAUAUGAGGUUUUACAAGUUAUUGAAUUUUCAUCGAUAAGAAAGCGAAUGUCAGUGGUAGUUAAAUUCCCUGACAAUAGAAUUUGUUUGCUUUGUAAAGGAGCUGAUAAUGUUAUAAUUGAAAGAUUAAAGAAUGCAGAAUUAGCCAAACAAAAAGCCAAAGAGAUUUCUCUUUCAUCGGCAGAUCGUAAGACUAUGCAAGCAGAUUUAGUCUUAAAUGCUCGAUUUUCGCAAGAUGAUCCUCAAGGAAGAGUGUCGAUGAGUUCAUUGGCUCAUAGAUUAAGUUCAAGUGGAAGUGGUACAGCCAAUAUAGAGAAGGUCAAUUCUAUCGAUAAUGCCCUCAUGGGAAGAGAAGAAGAGGAAUUAGCUGAUAUUGCAUUGAAAGCUAGAAAAUCACUCCAUAUCCAACAGGCCAAAAAAUAUAGUUUGGAUCUUAUGGCAGAAGAAACGUCCGAAUCAGCUUUUAAUCCAGCUUCUUCAGCUGAUGUUGAGUUCAUACCGAAUGAUAAAUUAUUAAUUCAAGAUGCAUUUUUGAUUGAAAAGACAUUAGAACAUAUUGAAGAAUUCUCUACUGAAGGUCUUAGAACCUUGAUGUAUGCUUACAGAUUCAUGGAUGAAACAGAGUAUCAAACAUGGAACGAAGAUUAUAUUAAUGCUUCUACAUCAUUGGUGGAUAGAGCUGAACGAGUGGAAGCCAUUGGUGGGCAAAUCGAACAUGAUUUCGAAUUAGCUGGUGCUACUGCUAUUGAAGAUAAAUUGCAAGAUGGUGUUAGUGAAGCUAUUGAGAAGUUAAGAAGAGCAGGCAUUAAAAUGUGGAUGUUAACUGGCGAUAAGAGAGAAACUGCUAUUAACAUUGGUUAUUCUUGUCGUCUUAUCAAAGACUAUUCUACAGUUGUUGUACUUUCAAAUGAUAAUGGGAGUGGUGGUUUAAUGGAUAGCAUUACCUCCGCUAGUUACGAAAUACAAGCAGGAAGAAUAGCUCAUAGUGUGUUGGUUAUCGAUGGGUCAACAUUAUCUGAUAUCGAAAAAGAUUCCCCUCUUCUUUCAUUAUUUAUAGAAUUAUGCGUGCAAGUUGAUUCCACAAUUUGUUGCCGUGCAUCACCUUCACAAAAAGCAAGUAUGGUUAGUGCUGUGAGAAACCUUAAGAAAGACGCGGUAACAUUAGCCAUUGGUGACGGAGCAAAUGAUAUAGCCAUGAUUCAAAGUGCCGAUAUUGGAGUUGGUAUAACUGGUAAAGAAGGAUUACAAGCUGCAAGAUCAUCAGAUUAUGCUAUAGCUCAAUUCAGAUUUUUACUUAAACUUCUUUUGGUCAAUGGUCGUUAUAAUUAUGUCAGAACAUCCAAAUUUGUAUUAUGUACUUUCUACAAGGAAUUGUUAUUCUAUUUGACUCAAUGUGUUUAUCAAAGGAAUACUUUGUUUUCUGGUUCAUCCAUGUAUGAAAGUUGGUCUUUAUCGAUGUUUAAUACCUUAUUUACAUCACUAUGUGUUAUUUGCAUUGGUAUGUUUGACAAAGACUUAAAACCAGCCACAUUAAUAGCAGUUCCUGAACUUUACAGUAUUGGGAGAUUAUAUCAAGGAUUUAAUCUUAAGUUAUUUGUUUCAUGGAUGUUAAUAGCUGCAAUUCAAAGCAUUGGUAUCUCAUUCUUAGCCUAUUAUGCUUGGGGAUUUACUGCAUUACGUGAUAAUUCAGUGUUCCCUCUAGGAACCGUCGUGUUUGCUGCAUUGGUAAUUGUUAUCAAUACAAAGACCUUAUUUAUAGAGAUGCAGAACAGACAAUGGCUAGCUUUUGCAGCUUUUAUCAUCUCAGUCGGAGGAUAUGGUUUAUGGAAUGUGCUUAUUAUGGCAAUGUAUAGAUCCAAAGAAUCACCAAUAUAUUUCGUCGCUUAUGGUUUAGAAGAAUGGGGUGUGGAUCAAAGUUGGUGGGCUACGUUAUUAGUCCUAUUUACGGUUCCACUAUUUCUUGAUGUGAUUUUUAAGAUUUUGAAGUUUAUGUUUAAACCCAGCGAUUCAGAAACUUUUAAAGUCUUUGAAAGAGACUUGAGUAUGAGAAGAAUCUUCGAACAAAACGCAUAUAAAGAACUUUAUCAAAGUUGGACAUUUGAAAAGAAUUCAUCUACUGCUAGAAGUAAUAUUCUAAAGGCUUUUGGAAGGAAUAAUGUAUCCUCUUCAACUGAAGGUUUAGAACCUAACGAUAUUUCACUUUACGGAGGUGAUGCGACAUCAACUGUGAGUAGGAAAAGGGCUGGUACCAAUCCAAAUCCAAAUGAAUUACCUCCAAGUGGAGAAGGUGUGGCUCUUCGAAGUGCCUAUGAUGAUCAUUUAACUGUGAAUGAAGAUUAUGAAAUAUUACCUUCUGGUAAGAAAGUUAGAAUCAGAUCUAAUUCUUAUUGGUCUAUGUUCACGACAAAUUCAAAGAAGUCAUCAGAAGAAGCUCUCGACGCGGAAAUUUCAGCUAUUAUUAACGAGCGUAUGAAAGCAUCAGAUGAAGCUCAAAUAUCAUCAAAACAGGUUUAAAAGAAAAAGUACACAAAAGUUUUUAAAUUUACAUAUUUG